GAAGAGACCGACGAAGAAGAGGCCGACGAAGAAGAGGCCGACGAAGAAGAGGCGCGAAAUAUAAAGGCUGAGACGAAGGAAAGCCGGAUGUUCCGUUAUCUUGCAUAUGAUCCAUUCCUUUUUCCCUCGGAGGCAAAUACGCAAUAUGAACUUGGCGACAGUUUGAACAAGAAGCAAAAGGAGACCUUGGAGAUUAUUACCGCUUGCCAUCUGUACAAGUCGUUCAUGAACGCAAAAAAGAGAACCUGUCGUUUACUCAUCAACGCUAGAGAGGACUACGACACUCUCGGAGCGGCAAGGCAUUUGGCCGCGAAGAUAAUGGCAAAUCCAGGCUUCAUAAGGGAACCGUCGACGAUCGUCAUUGGUUGGUUCUGCGACAUUCAGGGGCUGGUCGAGUAUAAGGAUCCAUCCAAGCCAUGCCACUCAAGAGGGAUGAUGGCCGGUCUUGUGUGUCAACUUCUCGACGAGAUGAUGGGCAGGAAUAUCAAUUGCGACCUAUCAUUCAUUCGGCAUGCUAAAUGGGCUGAUAUCAAAAGCUUUAAUCUUCAAAGAUUGAUUAAGGUGUUUGUUACGUUGAUGAAUCAGCUCCCCAAAGAAAGUCAAGUAAUUUGCGUUCUCGAUGAAAUCUAUCAUUACGUGAACUGGGAUGCAAGACAUGAUGCGUUCAAUGCCAUCAGAGGACUAGUCGCCCUAACUGAGGGCAAAAAGCUGUCCGCGGAUCGAUAUUUCAAGCUUGUUUUAACCUGUCGACAAGAGCCUCUGGGAGUUCGGAGGUGGUUCAAGGAUGAGGGCAAGAUUAUAGAUGUGAAGUAUCGACGGAAACCCAGAAGAUAGACAACUUGGUUCCAACAUAAGUGCCAUGGC